AUGACAGCAACAGCACCAGCACGUUCGCAUGGCUUCGAUCGCCAACACAGCCUUUUGCAGCUCGACUGCAGCGCCGACCUGCGACACUAUUCGCGCAACCUCGGGCCAGGCGUCCAGGAGCGCAUCUUCCAGACCACGAGCGACGCCCUGCGGAAACAACUCGACGAGCAUCGCGACUUCCUGCUCCGGCAUCAGCAGCAGCAACCGCGGCUGGCUCCUACCUCGUCGGUAGUCAGCGGCCCAGCGCCGCCAACUCCUCAGGCAUACCCACAGCCUCAUCCCUAUUCUCAGGCGUCGCAGCCCCCUCCCCUCCAGGCCGCCGCACCGCAGCUCGUCCAUCGCCGCCCCGAACCCGCCAUCGUCCCCGGCGACAUCAGCACAUACCCGCUCGCCCUGCGCGAUGCCCUGUAUUCGCAGAAGCUGAUUCCGCGGGCGCACGACGGCCGGUCAGCGUAUCAUGUGGUCGUCAGCAGCAAGAACCGCGACCUGGGCGAGGAUACAAAGGUCGUAGGGACUUGCCCGAGCAUGCUGGCAGCGAAUGAACUCGCGGCGCGGUACUUUGUUGAACAUUGCCUGGUCGAUGUUGUUGAAGCGAAGUUCACGCAGCUGGCGAGCGGCGCGUUGCACUGCGGUGCGGGACCUCACAACGUGUAUGUGCAAGAGGGGUCCGCUGCCGUCCUGCAUCAUACCCGUGCUUUCAACCCGUCAGGCGGUAUGUCAUGUCCAUCAAACAUGUCGGACAAUCGCAUCUGGGAUGCGCAUCGCCACCACAACCUGAUCGACGACUCGCGCGCGAUUUCAGAGCUCAGCGACGUCCCUGGUCAACCAGAAAUCCGACAAACCGCGAAGUCGUAA